AUGGCUUCUUUAAGAACCUCUUUACGGUCUCUUGCCCAAACUCCUCGCCGGUUCUACUCUGGAGCUCCUACUCCGGCAGCAAAGCUGAACCUACCUAUUGACUACAAAACCACCCCCAUUUUACACCACACUUCAUCAUCCUUGUCAAAUACAUCAGAGUACCCGGCAGGUGCUACAAGUAAACGACUUAACCUCUACCAAGCUAUCAACUCAGCACUACGGACAGCACUAUCCAAAUCCGAUCGAACAAUCGUUUUUGGCGAGGAUGUUGGAUUUGGGGGUGUUUUCCGAUGCUCGAUGGAUCUCCAAACAGAAUUUGGGUCAGAUCGAGUGUUCAAUACCCCCUUGACAGAACAAGGUAUUGCGGGUUUUGCAAUUGGGGCAGCAGCGGAAGGGAUGAAACCUAUAGCUGAGAUCCAAUUCGCCGACUACGUAUUUCCAGCAUUCGAUCAGAUUGUGAAUGAAGCGGCCAAGUUUCGGUAUCGAGAGGGUGGGACAGGCAUCAAUGUCGGGGGUCUUGUCAUCCGCAUGCCGUGUGGUGCGGUUGGACACGGUGCUCUGUACCACUCUCAAUCCCCAGAAUCGCUCUUUGCGCAUAUUCCUGGUUUGCGAGUAGUCAUGCCACGCUCUCCUGCUCAAGCAAAAGGACUUCUUCUGUCUUCUAUCUUCGAGCACAACGAUCCGGUGAUCUUUAUGGAACCCAAGAUCCUCUACCGUGCAGCCGUGGAAUAUGUCCCGAAUGAAUACUACACCAUCCCGCUCAGCAAGGCUGAGGUCAUCAAACCUGGUAAGGACUUGACCGUCAUUUCAUAUGGACAGCCUCUUUACAUGUGCUCUUCUGCUAUCUCCGCCAUUGAGAAGACCAUGCCCGGUGCCAGUGUGGAACUGAUUGACCUACGAACUAUAUAUCCCUGGGAUAGGCAAACCGUCAUCAACAGUGUCAAGAAGACGGGUCGAGCCAUUGUCGUGCAUGAGAGUAUGAUCAACUAUGGCGUAGGUGCAGAGGUUGCAUCCACAAUACAAGAUAGUGCUUUCUUAUGUCUUGAAGCCCCCGUUAAGCGAGUUGCUGGGUGGAGCACACAUACUGGGCUGAGUUACGAGCAAUUCAUCCUGCCUGAUGUUGCAAGUUAG